AUGGUCGUUGUACUCUCAGCAUCUCUUCCGCAGGACGGUGUCUGCUUUGCUGGAGAAAAGUUUGUGUGUGUGCUGACAUUCACCAACUCUGUGCAGCAGCCUGACUCUUCAUCCAGCAGUCAUCAGUUUCCACGGCAUCCUGAGCAAACAAACGACGGUCAUCACUAUAAGCAGUCAUUUCUUCCGGAUAGAAAGUCUGGAAGCCUUAAACGGAAUACCCGGCCAAACAGUAGACAGAUUCUCCCAUUUCCUACUGACCAUAGUGCCUCGACUGUUCCUGCUAAUGGAUUUGGCGAGUUGCACACUGCUCAAGAUCAAAAGUAUUUCGAGUCUCAGGUGAUUGAAAAAACCAAUGCACUUGCCAUUAGGUCAGGCUCGCCUAUUAAUUCAAGUCAGGAACGAUCUGUAAAAAUAUCAACUCCUACCGGGGCUACAGAGCAGUCGUCUGCAUUGCCAGAUCACUAUACUGCAAGUACACCUUUAUUUAUAUCCACUGCUAGGCAAGAUGCAGAUUACAAGCGAUUGCAUUCUGCUCGUUCUUUGGAUACAUCAGUUGGUAAUCCAUCUAAAAAUAUGGCGGCUUCACCAGUAACGCUGAAUGAUCGUCCAGCUAGCAUUACAGAAAGUGGUAUUGGUUCUGCAUUUCGCUUGAUUGCAGGAACUUUGUUUGGGACUGGCUUAAAUGCUGAUUCUGCUGCAACAAAACCGUCUGUGGCUUUGGAAUCCAAACUGGACAAUCAUCCAGAAAACACAUAUCAGUACGAGCAAGAAACUGAAAUGCUUCAACGGCAACGACAACGACAGGCAUCUGAACAACUCGAAGAUUUAGAUUCGCUUGCCACAUCACACUAUACAUUCAAAAACAUUUUAAAUAUGCGAGGUGAAGCCAUUCCAGAAGGCAUAUCGCGCGAGACUUCUUUUACGCGUCUACCACACUCUGUUUCGCAGACAUCAGACUUUGCAUCGCCAGGAGUCGUAGAGUAUCUAUCUCCUGUUUUUUCGCCUGUAUCAGCCCAGAGUAGUGAUACUAUACAAGGUCCAUGGCAGCGAGGCCAAACUAACGCAACAAAUAGCGUCGUUGGUAGUAGACGCAAUAGCUUUUCAAAUCUUGCCUCACCUAUUGAUGAAUCAGUCACCAAGAAUGAAUUGGAUGAAAAUGGCCAAGUUUCUGAACUGGGAGGAAAACUUCAACUUUAUUCCAGUAAAACCAACAUUCAUCAGCCAAAUCCUUCUAGAAGGCAAUCGCAUAUUCAUUCACAUUCCGUAGAUGAUUUAGAGUUUGCAUCGCCUCGAUUACAAGAUGAGAUGAUUCGGAUGGGAUCUACUAUCAACCAUGGUUCUACACUUUCUCCAAUUAGUGAUAGAUCUACUCAUUUCGAGGGCUCGACUGUGCCUGCUAUUUUGCCGCAUUUGAAAACUGCUUCGAUGCAGAUGAAGCGAUGCAACACUGAGCCCACGCGAGUUGCAGGUGUCAAUGAAGACAUUGCUUGGGCGUUUGCACAAAUGACUGGAGAGUUUACUGUUGACACAACAUAUGUAAAGACAAGCUUGUUUAACUCAUUGAGACAAAAGGUGAUGUACCGAGCUGCAGGAAGUCCAAGUGGCCAUGGAUCUCAGGGUGGUGGCGGUUCUCUUGGAAUAUCUGCAUCUACUCCAACAACUGUAAAUCGAAAUGAAACACAACCACUUCCACUUUACAGUACUCCGCCAUCUAUUUUAUUUUGUGACAUGUCAUUAGCUCCAGGAGAAAGCAAAUCUUAUAAAUAUGAGAUUUUCAUACCAUCAGUUCUUCCUCCAUCACACCGUGGCAAAGUAAUCCGGUUCAACUAUAAGCUGAUUGUUGGCAUUCAACGUAGUGGAAAAAUUCGACAAUCCCAAAUCAUUUCGAUUCCUUUUCGCUUGUUUAAUCGUACAAAUUCCGAUGGGACGCGACCAAUAUACGAAAUCAUGAACCCAGUUAUUAUCAACAAGGAUGAAUCGGUGGUUACUCCGUUACAAACGUGGUCUAAAUUGGCCGUAUUUGCCCCUCUUACUCCAGAAGUGCCAAUGAGUGCAUUUUACCAACCCGAAUCAUCAAGAGCUACGUCCUUGACAGACUUUGAAGAAUACACUACUUCCAUGAACAAUAUAAUGUGUGUAUGUCAGACAUCAAAAAAAGUGUCGUAUGACAUUUGUAAGAAUAAUGAGCAUGUAGCACAGUUGACUCUUUCUCGUAUCUCGUACCGUCUUGGUGAAACCAUUACAAUCAUUUUUAAUUUUUCAAAUGGGUCAAUACCAUGUUUACAGGCGUCUGUAUUUUUGGAAAGUGUUGAGACGGUUGAUCCAACAUUCUCAUUAAAACAAAAGCAUUCUACUGUUGCUUACACACGACGAUGUCAUGCCGAGUUACAUCGUAGCACAUUGAACUCACGACGCCUAGUGUUAUCCGUAGCCAUUCCUCCUACUGCCACUGCAGAUUUUCAAACUACUGCAGUGUCAAUGCAGUGGAGUCUCAGACUUGAAUUCGUCACUGGUGUUGCAGGGCAACUCCAGCGUAAUCACUUUGCAUUGGAUGAAGGAUUUCAACAUUAUCAUGGAGCUGAACGGGUCGAAGUCGAGCCAUUCGAUUGCAUGAUCCCACUCAAGUUGUUUGGAGGCAUGCGCGCACUAAAACGUACCAACAAAACAUAUACAUUUACGUGACUUGGAAUAAACCUUUUAUUUGAAAAUGU